GUCAGUAUUAGAGAACUCCGCGCUCGUGGCCUGCAAGCGGAUAUUCUCUUCUGCCGAUGUAAUUGUGAGCUGCCUCGAAAAGUAAUCGAAAAACUCGGACUAUUCUGCCAACUCCCAGUUGAUCAUGUAAUUCAAGUUCGCGAUCUUGAAAAUCUCUACCAGGUCCCACUGUCCCUUGAGGAGCAAAGUCUCUCGCGUCUGCUUUUGCGCCAUUUUUCGCUCGAACCCAAGGAACUUGGUUUGACGUCCCCCUUGGCAGGUUGGCAGGCCAUGGUUGACCAUAUGACGGAUGCCACCGAAACCAUUCGCGUUGCCGUAGCUGGAAAGUACACCAAACUCAGUGACGCUUAUCUUUCAUUGAUUAAGGCAUGUGAACACGCUGCCACGAAUGCAAACUGCAAGCUUAAGGUGGAAUUAGUUGACACAGAGGAUUUGGAGCCGGCGAUGGAACUGAUAGCUCCUGAACAAUACCACGAGGCCUGGUUGUCUAUCAGCAACGCCCAAGCGGUUAUUGUCGCGGGGGGAUUCGGGCCACGUGGCUGCGAAGGCAAAAUCUCCGUAAUUCGCUACUGCCGUGAACGGGGAGUCCCCUUCCUCGGCAUUUGCCUUGGCUUCCAGUUGGCUGUCGUAGAGUUUGCCCGAAACGUCUUGGGAUGGAAAGAUGCAAACUCGAUGGAAUUUAAUCCAGACACCAAUUACCCAGUGGUGAUCGACAUGCCAGAAUUUAACCCGGGUGAUAUGGGUGGAACAAUGCGACUUGGUUCCCGUCGAACCAUGUUUUUCGUCUCACCAACAGUGAAACGCUACAUAGAGGACUCCUCCACUCCAAAGUCGAAUGGGACGAUGGAAAUCGCAACUAACGCUUCUGAAAGUGAUGAAACCGGUGACCGUGUUGGCGAUGUUGUCGAAGAUGAUGAGGAGACUGCAAAACACUUGCUCUCCAAGUUUAAUAGUUACCAUUACGUAAAUGCCGACCACAUUUAUGCCAGACAUCGACAUAGGUACGAGGUCAAUCCAACGUUCAUCAAGCACUUUGAAGCCAACGGGCUUGCCUUUAUCGGUCGUGACGCCGAUCAUGGCAAUCGUAUGGAAAUAGGCGAGUUGAUACGACCUAUCACAAUCCACAAAGUGAUCCCUAAGGACGCAGGAGAUUUGAAGAACUCGGAACGGCAGCACCCAUAUUUUGUGGGCACUCAAUUCCACCCUGAGUACACAUCUCGCCCAAUGACGCCUUCACCGUUUUUCGUUGGCCUUAUUCUUGCUGCUCGUACCCAACAAUCUGCUGGUUCGGGACAAUUACCUCCCCAGCCUAAGCCGUGGAUUUCAAAGCAACAGCCGGCGUCGCUGUCGUAUAAUUCACUAUUUCCCCUCAUGGGAGAUGCAUAG